UCACAGCACCCCGCUGUGGGACCCAGAAAUUGCAUAUUUUACAACUGUAUCUGCCUAGAUGCCCUGCUUACCUGCAGAGUCUGAGGAGGAAAAAAUCGAGAGGGAUCAAAAGUGCAGUGGGGUUCUUCUACGGAAAUAAUUGUCCCGUUGUUCGAAAAUAUGCAUACAUUGUGACUGCUGCUGUAUCAAAAUAACCCCAAACUAGCAACAACCUUGAUGUCUGUCACCUGGAGACUGAUUAGGUAAGCUAAUGCAUACCAUAGAAUAGAAUAUUAAAUGGCCAUUAAAAAGAACGAGAUGGUUCUUCCAUGUUGCCAGUGAAUUAAGCAAGGGAUAAAAGGUAUAUAGCAGUGCAUUGUUAUUUUUGUACAAUUAAAAGGAUAUAUAUACACACACAUACACAUACAGAUUUCUGAAAGAAUGCAAGAAACAAAGGUCAGAGUGUGGGAGGGGUGGGGGCUUUUCCUCUGCUUUGCAUUUUAUAUUUUUCCCAAAUCCAGGCUUGUCGGGUUCCAAAGCCACACUCAAAGCCGCUCCUCCACUGUCACUGCCAGGGUUCUGUAGGCAGGAGGGAGGGCUGUCCAGUUUCAGCAGAGCUCGGACCUCUUCUAGCCUCUGCCACAGUGCUAGCUCCAGGGGCUUUCUUUGGGGGCAGCUGGCAACCACUGAUCUGGGCUCCCUGGUGGCACUGGCCUCAGUCCUGGAUGCCUUCCCCAAUGUCACAGUUACCUACUGACCCCCAUCGGCCCAGCUCCCCUAACCUGUGCUCCCAGUUAUGUCGCUCCCUUCACGGCCUGGCCUGGCCCCUGUGACCUUCAGUUUCACCCAUCAGAUUUGCCUUCAAUGCAGUUCUGACUCCCCUCAGGCCUUGCUGACUCAGCCCUGGGCACACGCUGGGGUUCCUACUGGGCAAACCUGGCAAGCAGCAGCUGUAUCAAAUCACCACUCCUCCCCACAAGGAGCUCGGAGACCAGAGGGUCCUCGCGCUGGUGCAAUUCCUAAGACUGAGCCCCAUGAGCCAGAAACACUCCCACGCCAGGUCCCCAACAGCCCCACUCGCCACUCCUUCCCUCUCCCCAGCGACACGAGCUGGUGGCAUUUCCCAAACCAACCCCAGCCUCUUCUCUUACUCCCCUUUGGGUUUGAGCAGGUAGUCAGAAGCCCACCGGAGCCUGGUCCUGCAGAAAGAGGGCACCGAGGAGCAGGUACAGUGAGUCUAGCCUUUGCAAACCCCUGGGGAGUCCAUGGUCCGCCAGGGGCCACCUUCAGGUCCCUCACCACCCCCCACCCCGGCUCCCCUCUCUCCCUCACCCGUGUGAGCACCAGCAUCGUGCCCUUCUUUCUCCUCCCACUUCCUCAGCAGAGCCCCACGCUGCUGCUGUCCGCCCUACCAGCCUGUUCCCUCAGCAGUGCUGUCGGCAACUUCAGUGCCUUUGCACCUGACCCUGAAAGCAGCGUGUGCCCCAGCCCUUGGCUUUCUCUUGACCCCAGCAACACAGUUACUGGGCUCAUCCUCCACUCCUUCGUCCUGGAAGUAUCCUCUCCCCACUUCUGCUCUGCCUCUGGGGCCCUCCAGCAGCACCCCAGAGUGCUGGGACGUGGGAUAGAUGCCUUCUCGCCAAGGCACCUGCCUGCUGCUCCCAGAUUCAGCCCUCAUCACCCUUUUCUUCACCAUCACUGGACUGAAGUCUGUAGAUCCCUACACAUUCACAGGCAGAGAACACACUGUGCUCCCAUUUCAUAGAGGAGGCAACUGCAUGAGGGAAGGCUACGUGGUCCGUCCAGAGUCAACUAGAAGGUAGCACUGACACGCCAGUUUCCUGGCUCCUCACGCGGCACACUCCCACUGUUCUACACCUACCUGUCCAUCGAGUCACUCCUUUGCUCAAAGACAUCCAGGCUCCUCCUUCCUACAGCGCUUCCUCCGUGGCCACCUAGACUGUUCAGUCACGCUGCAUGGAUCCCAUGGGUCUGUAUCCGGCCACGUUCAGCAACCCCGCUACUGAGCCCUACCUAUAAGGGCCUCGGGCACCUCACAGCCAAAUUCCCUCGCUUUUGCAAGACUCAGAUCGGAUCUACCUGCCCCCACGAGGAAGGCUGCUUGUCAGCAGGCACAGCCCAGCCCUGGCUCGGUGAGCGUCAUACCACACUAGAGCACCGGAAGGUCUCCUGAGAGGGAGUGGGGCCAAUGACUCCCCUUCACGCGUCAGGAAACCCAAUUCCAGGCGCGUGCACAGUGUGAAGGCUGGUACUUGGCUAACUAAUAAUCCAAAGAAAAGUAUUCAUUCUAUGGGCUGAAAUUCCUUUGGGCUUCAAACACGGAGGCCUGUAUUUGGUGGCCGCAGAACUCUGGUCUCUGUGGAAAGCAGGGUGAGGACAGCUUUGCCGUGAGGAGGCAGGAGCCCACUUAGGGCUGUAUUCACGGAGCAGAGACAACCGCCUUGAACCCCAGUGAUGCUGACGGCUGCAGCGGACAAGGUGUGCAUCAGCACAUCCCUCCCGCAGGCAGAGACCGCCUAGCACAGACCCAGCCCGCGCUCUGCGCCCUACCCGACAGCACACAAAAAGACAACCCAGUGCAGGGGGCACUGGCUGUGUUCUCAGAAAAGCUUGUCCCCAUCUCCCCAGCCCUCCCUCCUCCUUGCUAAAGCGGCCCCAGAGGCUCCAACAACUCUUCGCAGGAACCCGAGAUUCAGCAGGAGGGGUGGUGGGAUGGGUAGGCAGUGGGUUGUCAGCAGAGUCUGGAGACGGGAAGUUUGGAGGGAAGCAGGGAAGAAACCCUUCCCUACCUGAUACUGCUGCCCCAAUCCAGGUCACAGUUCCCGAAGACACACUGCUCCAUUCUAGUGGGAGGCCCCACAAUUAGAAUUUAGGAACAGAGAUUUUAAUAAGCCAUAUCAAAUUGGAUUUAAAUAUAGGCUCAUCUAACUCAUUGGCCAUGUAACCUUGGGCAGGUAACAACCUCUCUUAGCCUUAUAGCUUCCUGUGCUGUAAAAUAGGAGUAAUGUCAGUAAUCUGUACCCCACAGGCUUGCUGGGAAAAUGAAGAGAUCAGGCAUGCAAAACGCUAACAGCACAGUGCCUAGCACGUUGUCAAGCGUUCAAUAAAUGCUCACUGGUGUUAUUACUGUUAUUCAAAUGAGUGACUCUCAGGCAGACCCCUCCCAGGACUGACUAAAGAGCUGGCCUAAACUGGCAGAGAGAAG